AUGUCCCUUUCCCUUGAAGACAAACACCCGUUUGACCGUGGGGUGCAAGCAAUCAUCGCCACAGUCUAUUCAAUGACAGCCCUGUUUGCAAUAGUGGGAAAUCUGACCGUCAUUAUUAUCCUCAUCUUUGGCAACCGAUCACGGAGCGACCUGACGACAUUUUUGGUCAACCUGGCGGUUUCGGACCUUGGAAUGGCGCUGUUCUGUAUUCCUUUUACUUUCACGCAGGCCAUGCUGGGAGAUUGGGUGUUUGGCGAAUUCAUGUGUACCUUUGUGCUGUUUACCCAGGUCCUUAUGGUGUCAGUCAGUAUUUUUACCAACAUGACCAUUGGCAUUGACAGGUAUCUGGCAGUGAAAUACCCAUUAAGAAGACGACUAAGCAAGAGGAAAGCAGGCGUAGUCUUAUCUAUUGUUUGGGUUGUCUCAUUUGCCUUGGCGUCGGUGCAAUUUGCUGUGGCAAGAUUGUCAGAGAACUUCACAGAACACAAAGACUGCAACGAGAUCUGGCCCGACAGUUCCUAUCGAUUAGGGUACACGGUUUUUAUGUUUCUAUCGGCUUAUUUUCUCCCCCUGGGAGCUCUCUCGGUGUCCUACUACUGUAUUGGCAAAUCUUUGUGGGAAUAUACCACCCCUGGAAAUCCUGACGAAGUGAGGGAUCAGCUGCAACUUGAAUCUAAAAGAAGGGUGAUCAAAAUGCUUGUGGCUGUGGUAGUGGUGUUUGCAUUGUGUUGGCUUCCGCUGCACCUCUGGGCCUUAAUCCUGGACGCCAAGCCGGACCUCUUGUUACUCGUCAAGACAGAAACACACGAGCGCGUGUACUACGGUGUUUUCUUCACAUGCCACUGGCUGGCCAUGUCGAACAGCUUCAGCAACCCUAUAAUUUAUGGAUUUCUAAAUGAAAACUUCAGGGCCGAUCUAAAAUUACUCUGCCGCAGAUGUAAACGUGGCGGCAGCUUGAGAAGCCAGAGCUCGUACCGGAGAGACCGUGGAACUCGGUACCAUACCACAAGUAUGCGCUCCAGCACCAUCUCCCGUGGGAGUUCUGUGCAGCGAGAUCGUAACAACAGUUGGCGGCAGGAGCACAGCAGGCACUUGGGCGGCGGACAGGAGAUAGAACUUAGGGGGGAUGAAAGGAAGUCGAACAUGAUGGUACAGACCGGAUAUCUUCUGCAUUCACAGACAGAUGAGAUCCUACAAGUUAAUGAAGAAGCGCUAUGAAAAGUCACCCAUGACCACUGCUUAAUUUAUUUAACUAUGAUGAAAACAGGUUAAAAAAACACG